CACGAAAAGUUUGUGAUUAAGUGACCCGUCCGGACGCACUCGAAAGUUUGAUUGAUUUUAUGUUCAGAUACGAUUAGUUUUUCUACUUCUUAUUGCGUUUCAGCAUGCAAAAAUUACUUUUCAAAUCUUCGUUUGGCAGGAACUAGAACGGUGAGCGCUUGCUUAUCUCUACUCAAAAAUGAAGCCCACUCCCACAAAGACUGGAAGGCACAGCUCAGUGCAACCCAAACCUGACCAUGCUGUGACAGAGAAAAAGAACAUCGCGGAGAAGAAGUCGCCAAAAGAUUCAGCCCCUACUUUCUUUAUGGAUCUGGGUGCUUGGCAUUUAAGAUUAGGGACCACAACUACCGAUGCCUGUGGUGCCUCAUGCAACAUCUCUGGGAAAAAGAACCCUACUGACGGCGCACAAACCAAAGCACGGAUCGGCCCUAACCAGCUUGGACUCAUCGAAUCACAUCCGCACAAUUUGUUCUGUUGGGAACCCCUUCAAUCUUUCCUCGAUGCCCAACUUGGUGUGAGGCUUUUCUUCCCAAAACGCGCCGACGUGUACGAAGAUUUACGGCUUCAGCGACAUAUUAUGCAAUCCGCGUUGGCAGAAUAUGCUAGGAACGGCAAGCAUAUCUCUAGUACUUCACGAGUAAUAGUUGCUGUACCAGCUUGCUCCGGAGAGUUUUUUCUGAUUGGAGAUAGUAGUGCUGAUUCGAUGAGUGGAAAUCCUAGUACCCAUCAUGCCACAAGUGGUAGAGGCACAGCAGAGAUCUCUGCAUCACCAUCAGCCUCUGUCUCUGUAUCUUCUAGUCAAGCAGGGGGUUCGUCUUCAAGCAAUAGCCCGACUGCUCAUAAAAAGAAUGCUGACGGAACAUCGACGCCAGAUAUUCGUCUUCAACGAAAUCCUCUAUCCAGUAAGACACUUCUCCGACGUGCAGCAAUGAUAAACUACUCCGCGGUAGAGAAGUUAGGGGACAAGAUGUUCACUGAUGGACCGUUUUCGCGAUAUGCUGUUGUGCCAGAUCUUUUGAUGGCCGCGUGGGAUCCGAUGUUAGAUCGGGUUCAUGAGCUUGGAGAGACGGAGGAUACGGAAGAGUACAAGGAAAAGCCUAGCGGCACUACAUCGCCCAACUUGACAGCGAGAGCGAGAGGCUCGGGCACUACCAACAUCAUAGUAGAUCUUGGCUUUGGGUCAGCACGCGUGGGAGUGGUUAUAGACGGGAAGUGGUGUCCUAAAAGCAGUGUGCGGGCAUUUCAUUUGGGAGGGUAUUGCUUGACGAGACUUCUGCAAGAGCAUCUGAAGCUCAGGCAUGGAGAGUCGACGAUCAGUAAUUUUUUCUACAAUGUCGAGAUUUGGAAACAACGAUGUGCGCGCUGUCAUUUCUCCGAUGAUGAAGAAGCAGGUACACCUCGCGGAGAUGAAGACGAAGGAGAUGAUAAAGAAGAAGAAGGACGACUUAAUAGAGCAGAGUCAUUACCUCGUACAGCGACAACCAAACGGCGAAAGCUAGCUCCUCAAAGAUUCGAAUGGUCUACUAGUACCUAUGACUUCUCCCAAGAUCCAGAAACUCUCCGUGAUAUACGAGAGCGGAAAAAUGGCAGUCACUAUCGGGUUUUGAAAGAGUGGGCAUGCUAUCAACUUGGGGAGUUUAUCUUUAGGCCUCGCCAGGUAGCCAGACACAAAACGCGAACAGUAGGAGGGCUGCCGACGGCUACUGGAACAUCUAGUGCUGCUGCGAAUGACAGUCCUGCAGAUCGCGUGGUUUCUUCUUCGUCCAAUGAGGCAAUGUGCUUGCCAACUUUGAGUGAGCUCGUGGGGUCAGUGGCAAAGAAAGCUGGUAUGAAGGGCAGUGCUAGCCCGUCCUCUAGCAAUUGUAUUAAUGCUAUCAGUAGUAGUUGUAAGGGUAAAAGGAAUAUCAUCGUCGUUGGCGGUGGUGCGAGGAUUAUGGGCAUAAGAGAACGACUCGAGGCAGAGCUUAGCGAACAACACCUUCUAGGCGGGAGUUCAGCCGGUAGUUCCUACAAAGUUCUCUUAGGAGACGAGUUAAGUAUCUUUCGUGGAAUGCACGCCUUUGCCAAAGAGAAUGGAGAACAAAUACCAUGGAUUGAAACUACGACGGCGACUUCUAGUUCUACUUGAGAAAGUCCGCUAGAACUUCUAAGCUCGUGCAUAAGUAUAUUUUUUGAGCUUAUAAUGCUCCUUGUCUACGCAUGAGGCAAGGCGUUCCGGGCGGUCUUCAUUAUAAGUCAGUAAUUCCCCGAUCCCUCUUAGUGCUCGCCAUUGAAAGAGAAACCCACACUCG